GUCCGGACGUACAUCCUCUUCGAGCUCGACGGGCUCAACCACACGGCUGCAGAGGCCGGCUUCACUCGCAAGUUGCACGCGGCUUGGGCGGCGAUCGCCCCGAGGACCACGCCGCGCUCCGCUCGACGCUCGCUGUUCCUCGCCGCGGACGACGCCUCGCACCCCGUGGUGCGCAGGUUGGUGGACGCCGCCAGGGUCCGCUACGGCGCGGUGGUCCUCACGUCCGAGGAUACGAGGCGCGCGGCCCCCGCCGGGCCCCACCGGCACGUGGCGCUGGACGCCCUUCUCUGCAUGCAGGCCGCCGCGUUCUCGGGCACCAGCUCGUCCUCGCUCUCCGGCGUGGUCGCGGCGGCGCGCGCCGCUGGGGCCCCGCGGCUUGGCGGCGCGCGCGGCGCAGGC